AUGGCUGGCCUGAACGUUUCCAUCGCCUUUUUUCUCCUGGUUGUCAGCACGUGCGAGAUGCUCAGGCGGCUUUCCAAGAGGCUGCUGUCUCCUGGGGCGUACUGCUGCCUUGCUGGAGAGCUGACUGGGUCGCUGCAGCUCUGCUCGAGCUGCCUGGAGCUGAGGAUGCUGCUAGAGAUUGGCCCGUGGGGUGGCGGCUUUGGCCCUGAUGUGGUCUUCACACUGCUCUUUCUCCUCUUCAUGGUUCACGCCGCUUCCUUGGAUGGAGCAUCUGCCAACCCCACUGUCUCUCUCCAGGAGUUCCUGCUCCUCGAAUCCGGCCCCACAGCCACUGCUGCCAAGCUGCUGGCCCAGGGUGUGGGCGUGGGGACAGGCUGGGCCAUCACCAAGCUCUACUGGUCCUGGGAGCUGACCCAGCUCCACCUCAUCCAGAACCUGAUCGCAUCCGAGUGCAACUCCUCCAUUCGCACCUCGCUCUACCACGGGGCCUUCGUGGAGGGUGCCUGCUCUUUCCUCUUCCACCUUGUGCUUCUCAGGUUGCGGCGGAGCCGCGCAGCGUACCGGGCGCCCGCCCUGGCAGCCACUGUCACCUUCCUGACUUAUGCAGCUGUGAUGACCACAGGGGCUUUCUUCAACCCCGCCCUGGCCGUGGCCACCACUUUUGCCUGCGCAGGGAGCAGCCUGCAGGACUACGUCCAGGUGUACUGGCUGGGGCCCCUCGCAGGGAUGCUCGCUGCCAUCUUGCUGCACCAAGGCAACAUCCCAAGACUCUUCCAAAAAAACCUGCUUUACGGCCAGAAGAGCAAAUACAAGAUACCCAAGGCAAGGCUGGCACACACGGAGGGUGGAGAAGAGCGGCGGAAGGGGAAAGGCGAGAAGAGCGACCCUGUGCCUCGUGCCUGAGCCCAUGCAGCCCCACUGCUGGGAGGGGGACUCCUAGCACGGAGGAUUUUGCACACCCAAGCCUGCAGCGCUGUCUCCGGGGGGGAAACUAAUGUAUCUGUGUAAAUUGCUGGUUGUCUUGUGUACACAGGAAGCUUACGGAAACUAGGGACCAUUACGCGGGCGUGCUUGAGCAGCUUCCAGGUUGUUGCAUCAUGCAUCGCUUGAAAUAAUCCAUCUAUGUCUCCCAUAAAAACAGCCAUAAAAACAGCGUAAACCAGUAACCAUGUUUCAAGCCCUGGAAACUUGGGAUGAGGAGGAAGGUAUCGGUAAAGCUUGUCAUCCUUUGAGUUAAACUGAGGUCCCCAGGUUGCACGGUUCGGGGAGAAGGGUUUAAAACGGUUCCAUGCUCUGAAGUUCACAGCGCUGCUGGGCGCAGGGCACGCUGCUGCCCCCAGCUGCUCUGCUUGGCCAGUGCUGCGUGCACCACUGGGGAGCCGUAGGGUGGCAACAGGGGUGCACAGGGUGCCCGUGGUUAGCAGACGUGGCACCGCUACGUGUUGGGGUGGGGGGGUGCAUGUGGGACCCCCCCACUGG